AUGGCCGUUUCAAAGGUCUUCUUCUCUACCCCUCCGUUGCUUGGGCACAAUGAGUCCUACUUUCCGCCCAUUCAGAGCAUGGGACAUGCGGGGACGCUGUUAGCCGGACCGGCCACGAUGAUCUUGGUCUUAGGCUUGCAGAUGCUGAAGAAGCAGCUGACGAGCACUCACAAGAGUGAGCUCUAUCAGCACAUCUGGAAGUUCAUCUCCAAGGCUGAGGCCCGAGACAAGACGGGGCGAAUCGUCCAAUACUUUUGCCGUUUCUUGCAAGGCUUCUUGGGUCACAUGUCCGAGACCUUUUGGCUUCAGGCGUGGAAGCCGGUCAUUGCCGAGGUCCAGACUACUCUCGCCUGGGCACGGCGCACACAUCGCUGGGGCAAGGAGCUCCCACACAUCCCAGUACUGGGCCAGGCCAUUGAGAGCGGCGACAUUCUCGAGGCAGCUCAGCGUGCGAUCCUCAUCACAUUCCUGGUCCAGGACCACAUCUACUGGCUGCUGAAAGUGGGCAUCCUCAAGUUCCAGAACUACACCGCCAUCCAGUGGCAUCGGAGAAAUCUCAGGUUCAUCACGCUUUCUCACGUCCUGAACUUCUCACUGUGCGUACGUGAGAUCUCGCGCAUCCGCGCCAAGCAGCAGGACCCGAAGAUCGCGGGGGACAAGGAGGCGCUGAAGAAAGCAGAUGCAGCUGUUUAUGACAACCUCAGGAUGAUGGUGAGGUACAGCCUCACCUUCAUUCAGAUGCUGCACGUCUCACAGGUGAAGAAGAUGGACGACUGGUACAUCGGCUUGAUGGGCGUGGCGUCCUCGUACAUUGACGCGUCGAAGCAGUGGUGA